AUGCCAAGCCAUCAUUCACCAGCCAUUCUAGACCACGAUGGCUUCGAACCAGCCUUGCUAAACGUCGACCCCGAAGCGGCAGCAGCCGACGCGUUAUGCCCAGCAUCCUGGAAGCCCGUCAAUAGCCUCAAGGCAACAUCAAGAUUGUCGAACCUCAAAUCGUGGUUAACACCAGAGACGUGGACUCAUCGACCGAAAAGUUUGCACCCAACCGCAUACCUCGAUGGCCUUCGUGGUGUUGCCGCGCUCCUGGUUUAUUGGCAUCACCACGUACUGUGGGUUCACAACAUUGACAGGUUAGCGCAAAACGGCAUUUUCGAAAACAGCUUUGGAUAUGGCGAUAAAUAUCACUUUGCUGCCUUGCCUGGAAUUCGAAUUCUCUUCUCCGGUGGCCAUUUCGCAGUAUCAACGUUUUUCGUGCUCUCUGGCUAUGUGCUUUCCAUAAAACCGCUAAAACUGAUCGAAAAUGAAGACCUCGUCGGCUUGGUCAAUCAUCUGGGGUCAGCAGUCUUCAGGCGCUGGCUGCGUCUCUUUCUCCCCGUCGCAGCAACAAUAAUCCUGUAUGCAACUUCAUGGCACCUUUUUGGUAUCUGGGUCGACGGCGGGAAACCUCAGGGCAACUGGUUUGACGAGAUGUGGUUUCUCUACUGCGAGUUCAAAAACUUCAGUUUUAUCUUCAAAGAGGGAGGUGUUCCCUGGCUCUCCUACAAUAUGCACGUCUGGUCGAUUCCCGUGGAGUUCAAAGGCUCCAUGGUUGUUUUUGCAUCUCUCCUGGCUUUUUCGCAAUGCCAUCGACAAGCACGCCUCUGGUGUCAAAUCGGUCUUAUAUUCUACUUCAUGUACAUUGCUGACGGCUGGUACUGCGCAAUGUUCGUUUCGGGCAUGUUAUUAUGCUAUUUGGAUCUUUUGGCGGUACUCAACAAGCUGCCAGACAUUUUGACUCGACUUAGACCUUACAAGACGGUCAUCUGCUACCAUAUGCUGGUCCUCGCCAUCUAUCUGGGCGGAGUGCCCUGCGAGAAUCGUGAGGUGGAUCAACUUGCUCGCAAUCGCGGCUGGUACUUUCUCUCAUUCUUAAAGCCACAAGCUGUCUUUGACUAUAAGUGGUUUUACCUCUUCUGGGCUGCAACUCUUCUCGUCAGCUCAGUGUCAAACAUUACCUGGCUGAGGCGGGCUUUUGAAGCUCGCGUCUGCCAGUACCUUGGGCGUGUAUCAUUUGCCCUCUAUCUUGUUCAUGGACCGAUAUUAUGGACUCUAGGGGACCGGUUCUACGCAGCCGUUGGCUUUAGGGGCAAGGCGCAAAUGGAACACAUCCCUCAAUGGGUUGAUAAGUUUGUGCUACCACAGGCAGGUCCCGUGGGACUCGAAUUUGCCUUUCUCUUACCGCACUUUGUCCUAUUACCCUUGACAUUGUUUGUAGCAGACUUUGUGACCAAGGCCAUUGACAAGCCUAGCGUCCAGUUUGCGGCUUGGUUAUAUGCAAAAUCACAAGGGGGCAUGCCAAACAAGCAAUUGAGAUCAUAG